UUUUUAUACAUUAAGCUGAAAAUCCGCACCGGAUUAUUGCCAAAUUACUAAAUUACUCCACAUACACGACCACAAAAUCGUUAUAACUUAUUUUCUUUUACCGUCAGUCGUAGAGCAAACCGGAAGCAGUCGUAGGACCCCGGAAAUUAAUGAAUGUAGCAGGUUUAUUUUUGCGCCGCACAAAAUAUCAUUUGUAUAAAAUGGGAGUUACUUGUGUGUGUCAAUUGCCGGUGGUGGAGGGGAAAAGUGUCCAGCAGACGGUGGAGCAGCUGCAUAAGAGACUGGAGCAGCUCGGAGCAGUGAAACAGGGCAGUUUCUUUGUCGACUGUGAGACGUAUCAUGCUACUGCUAACACUGGAGCUCAGCCUUCUAAACUCCUGUAUGUGAUGCAUAACUCUGAGACGCCUCUCAGCUGUCUGGCUCUGUUUGACGGUGGCCCUACACUGGCGGCGGACGCUAACUUUGAUGUGCUCAUGGUGAAGCUAAAGAGUCACUUCCAGAAUGCUAAGGGCCACAAAGUAGAGAGCCGCGGAGCCCGUUAUCGCUACGCCGACUUCCUGAUUAAAGUCGGGACAGUAACAAUGAGCUCCAGCGCUCGGGGGAUUUCAGUGGAGGUGGAGUACUCCGCUUGUGUAGUUCCUGGUGACUGUUGGAACCUGAUGAAGGAGUUCAUGCAGAGUUUUCUGGGCUCCAGUGUUCCUGACCUGCCCUCUGUGUUCAGCAGUAAGGCUGAGGGUCUGUUCGCUCCGGCUGACUGCAUGGACACCAUGAACCAGUACCUCGAGCUCUUCAGCAAAAUCCGCAAACAGCAGGUGCUGCCAGGGAGCGGCGUGCGCUGACAAACACACACACACAAGCUGGAAAGAAGCCACAACAUACAGAUCUGCUGUGGAACAGAACUGUCAGCUCUGGACCAGGACAUAAACUGUAAAACUUCACAAGUCAAUCACACUUCCAGUUUCUCAGCUGUGUUUUGUUUACUGCUGUAUCAAAGUGAGGGGGCACUGAGACUGAAUUUGUGUGUGUGUGUGUGUGGGGGGGGGUUUAAUGUAAAAUUUUUACUAAAAUAAAGUUGAACUGUAGCAGUAAUAUUGUAAUUUAUAAUUAUUGGGAUAAAAACACUGCAGCACUCAUGCAGUGUGACUCAAAACAGUUUCUGAUCCCAUCCGUUGUAUCCAUUUAUAGUUACAAUGCUGUGGAAGAUCCAUGAAACUCUUCUGUUAUAGCAGCUGGUUCUCUCAGCAGCUGUCCUUUAUCCUCUUUAUUAUUAUAUGCAUGUACACUGACACUUAUUUUGUUUUUACCUCUCGACAACAGAGGGUGGAAGGGCAACAAACAUUAAAAUUGCUAUUAGAAAUAUCAAAAAAGUAAAGAAAUUGCAAUAAAAAUCAAAUGAAAUGCAAUAAAAAUACAAAUAUGGCUGUAAAAUACAGUUUACAAUGUAAGAGAACUCAUUCAAUAGAAAUUCCAUAGUACACUGUUUGUGCGAGUAUGUGAUUAAAUUGAAUUAAUGUGAUAAUAUUUUUUUAGUAAAUAAUACUAUUUUUUAGGUGAAA